GCAUCUCUGCUUUUGGUUCCGUGCUAUUAGGGUUUUAAAGAAGGGUUUCUAUCUCCAUAUCACUUCCACUCUAUCUCUCUCCCGAUUGAAAAUACUCUAUUCCAGGAAGAGAAAGACGAAAGGCCAUGGAUAGAUACACCAGGGUCGAAAAACCAAAGCCUGAGUCUCCGAUAAACGAGAACGAGAUCCGCAUCACCUCCGGUGGUCCCGUCAGAAACUAUAUUAGCUAUGCUACUUCCCUUCUUCAGGAGAAACAUGUAAGAGAGAUUGUCUUGAAGGCAAUGGGACAGGCAAUUAGCAAGACAGUAUCCAUUUCAGAGGGUAUAAAGAGAAGAAAUCCUCGUUUGCAUCAAGAUACUGCCAUCAGUUCAGUGAGCAUAACUGAUGUUUGGGAACCUAUUGAAGAAGGUCUUUUACCUGUGGAACAGACUCGCCAAGUCUCAAUGAUCACAAUCACCUUGUCAUUCAGAGAGCUAAACAAAAACUCACCUGGGUAUCAAGCUCCACAGUCUGUGGAACAACCAAAGGAACAGUAUCAGCAGAAGCAACCCAAACAAUCACGAGUUCCCUAUAAUGCUAUUCGUGAUGAUUCAUAUGGCCGAGGACGUGGUCUUAGUAGAGGUAGAGGGCGAAAUUGGGGCAGAGGUGGAUACAAUUAUGGAAAUUAUCAGGGGAAUUAUCAAGGAGACUAUCAAGAUAAUGGUGGUUAUUCAAACUGGGGUCGUGGUGGUGGGCGUGGCAGAAGUUGGGGUUAUCGUGGUCCUGGGUAUGAAAGAGGCAGAGGUGGAGGGGGUAGAGGCUACAGCCGUGGGCGUGGCUGGAUGGGCGGUCGUUCAAGGGGUGGUGGUGGUGGUAGAAACCAGGGAUAAGUAGGGAAAUGAGUUUCUCUUUUUGCUUUAGCUAAAUGCUUGCCUUGGCCAGUGGGCUAAAUUUAUCUUGAACUGAUUUUUUUAGUAGCGUAAAAUGUGGCUUAUCAUCAUCGGUCGGUUGUGUUUAUAAUUUUCUCAAUCAUAUGGAUGUGGGCAAGGUUUUUAUGUUCAUUUUUUGCGUUUAGCCAAUAGCAAGAGGGUUGCAAUUUUCUGUAAUUUAUUUUUACCCUUGUGGUUGCAGUUACUAUGUUCAUAUUUGGUUAUCAUAUUUCUUUAUUCCUUUAAAA